AUGGGGAUAGAUUCCAUGCCAUUUCGGGCCCUCUGUACCGGCCUGCCUUCGCCAGAAAUCGGCAACGAGUCCAAAUCGCUUUUGUUGGUAUUGCUGGCUGACUUUGAUGAGCCUCAUAAAGCGGAGCUCAUCCAACAUCUUCAGCCGUCAAGAAGCAAAUUCAGAACCCUGAUUUGGAAGCCAAACCAUGAAGUGCUGCAGUCACUCGCCCCACAACACCAGCACCGAGACAGUCAAGCCAAUUUAUACGGCCUUGCGGUUGUAGCACAUCGUGCUGGACACUCUGGCUUCAUAGUUGCAGAUGAAUUGACCAAGCGUCGGGUCGAAGGGCAAUUUCCCAUCCGCGGAGAGGAUGACCGCAUCUCUGUCACGAUGGUCAGUGUGAGGCCGGGUAAGAGAGACGGCGAGGUGCGCGUCAUCGCUAAGCGCUUGUCGAUGGGUAGCGACGAGGAUAUCGACCUCUUUGCAGCUGUCCAAGACUUCAAUAUCAAAAAGGAUUUCAGCGAUGGAUUGACAAGAAACAGUGUGCCGAGGGUCUACUCGGAUCUCGGAUUUGAGUUUCGUGACCCAGACAGCCCCGUCUUUACAUCCAGUACGACAGACUCCCUUGGAUAUGAGGCCAUUUCCAACGAGGUUAUGGCAGCCCUGUCUGCAAACAUCCCCUUGCCUCCUGAGUUAGUCCUGAAUGUCACCCGCCGUGCAGACAAGAAUCCAUGGGGGCCGAUUAAUUCCCCCGGGUGGGAUCUCGGGCCUAGGGAUGCGUCUCUUACGAUUCAUUUGGGAUUCAAGACUACAGAGGACGAGUUUGGAAAGUUACGUUGUCUCAUACAAAAUGCUGUGCAUGUCGAAUUUCAAAAGAAAGAGGAGGAAAGGAAGAAGGAAAAUGAGAAGGCAAAGGCCAUUGCGAAUAAAAACGAGGAUCAUGAUAUCCGCAGUGACUCCGAUGGAGACGAGAACGUUGAACCAAUUGUGAAAUUACUUCCCUGGAAAGGCAUCCGGGAGCCAUCUCGCCGCGACAUAGUGAACCUGAAUAUCGCACUGCGGUUGGGAAAGGGGCGUCGCAGCGCUUUGAAAUUACGAAUCCUUCCAAAGCCGCUCCAAGAUGAUGACGUGACUUCGGCUCAAUUUUUAUUCACUUUCGAUGUCGAUAUGGGAGUUGUAGUACUCCGGACAUCGCUGAGUGAUAUGAUGCGGUACACAAGCGAAGAGCCAGAAGGAGAUGAAAUGAGAGGGUUUUACGAAUCUGGUCAAAUGGAGUUGAUAACUUCGCCUUCUAAUUUGAAAGGAUUCGAAGACCCAUUCUACCCGAAUCCACUUCCCUGGAAUCCGAUUGGAACCUGCAUGAACUCAAUACCUCUGUUCUUCCUUACGAACAAAUUGAGCGAUGUGCAAAUCCGCGCUUUAUACGAGGAGAUCCAGACGAUGAAUGACAUUGAUGAAGAUGAUUGGGGCAAGAAAGUGAUUUGUCCCGUGCCGUGGAAAGAAGGGCAACCCGACGCACCGGAUGGAACUCCAGAAGACAUGUGGAGAAUCUACACCGAAGUUGAGGACUGCCAGAGGCCGUUAUUUUUUGUUGACCAGCAGUCCGGAGAAAAUCUCCAGGUUAUCAUCACUGAUACAGACUACGUUUACUGGGAGCCUGAUAAUAAGGAGGCUCCUGAGAUGUUGAAGGAUGUGACAGAUCCGCAUUACCGGGGGCUGAUAUAUGGACGGCAACUUGGCCGUGAUGUCCAUGUGAUAUGGGCGAAUCUCAGCAUUUCCAACAUGGGCAUUGAAGAAUAUUUCGACGAGGGCGGAGAAGGGGAAGAUCAGUGCAAGCGGUUUGCUCGAGCUGACUGGCCAUGUCAUGACAAGGUUGAUGAGUACGGUUAUUGGAUUGUCACUGACAACAGCGUGGACGACACAGAGAAAGAAAACGAGGGAUUGGAUAAGAACAACUAG